CGCCGCUGCUGCCCUUCUCCUCCCAGCUCCAUGAGCCGCCAGCUCGAACCCCGCAGCCCCGCCGCGCUCCUGCACCCGCCGGCGGCCGCCGCCAGUAGCCGCUGCCGGAGCGCCCCCGCCAAGCGCCUGCUGCUCCACGACGCCGCCGAAGAAGCGCCCGCCGCCACCGCCGCCAAGUGCGCUCGCCUCGCCGUCGAGUGCUCCGGCGCGGCGGCGGCGCCCCAGGACUGUCUCAGCGCCCCCGGCUCGCCUUGUGGCCCUCUUUGCCCCGGCGGAGGCGGCUCGGCGGGCGCUCACAGCCCGCCGGGCCCCAGCCUCAUCGCCGGCUACCUCUUGCUGCCUCUGCCCGACCGGGAGCACGUUUCGCGGGCCCUCGACGUCAACACCGGCCGGGAGCUGCGCUGCAAGGUCUUCCCCCUGAAACACUACCAGGACAAAAUCCGGCCUUACAUCCAGCUCCCCUCGCACAGAAACAUCACCGGCAUCGUGGAAGUGAUCCUGGGAGACACCAAGGCGUACGUCUUCUUUGACAAGGACUUUGGCGACAUGCAUUCCUACGUCCGGAGCUGCAAGCGUCUGCCGGAGCAGGAGGCCGCCCAGCUCUUCAAGCAGAUUGUCUCGGCAGUGGCUCACUGUCAUCAGUCAGCCAUUGUCCUGGGGGACCUGAAGCUCAGGAAGUUCGUUUUUUCGAGCGAGGAAAGGUCGCAGCUGAGGCUGGAAAGUUUGGAAGAUACCCAUAUCAUCAAAGGAGAAGACGAUGCCUUGUCGGACAAACAUGGCUGCCCGGCCUACGUCAGCCCAGAGAUCCUAAACACGACUGGGACUUAUUCUGGCAAGUCAGCUGACGUUUGGAGUUUAGGAGUAAUGCUGUACACUCUCUUGGUGGGACGCUAUCCCUUUCACGACUCUGACCCUAGCGCCCUGUUUUCCAAAAUCCGCCGCGGACAGUUCUGCAUCCCCGAUCACGUCUCCCCAAAAGCCAGGUGUCUCAUCCGCAGCCUGCUGAGACGAGACCCCUCCAAAAGACUCACCGCCCCAGAAAUUUUGCUCCAUCCUUGGUUUGAUGCCGUUUUGGAGUCUGGAUACGUUGACCAGGACACGGGAGCCUCCGAUCAGAUUGUUCCGGAGAACUCUCGAGAGGACGACGAUAUCAGUUUCUUUUUCUGCUAGCCCCGAUUUUGCCCUUGGGGGAGAAGAACUUCGUUUCCACGGACAGCCUUUUUCUUGUGUGUGUGUGUGAGUGUGUGCAUCCUGUUUUAACUUUUGUUUUCCAUGUUUGUAAAUGCAUAGCGUUCCAAAAUCCGAUUGUGGUGAGGACAGUAGCAGCGAUCUUAAGCACACUUCCAUAUUUUUUUUUUAAAAAAAAAAAUCUCUGGGGAAGCAUGACGAAAACAAGCAAAAAAUGCAAUCAUCCGUCUGGUUUUACUUGGGCUGUUUCCCACUGAAUUCGCAAGGGACUGCUGGUAUCUGGACUUCUCAGCCUAUGACUCUGGACAGUUUUGCUCUGGACUCCCAAUGUGAGAACAUACGGACUGCCCUGGAGCGAGCACUUUGAAAACAGCAAUCUUCGCUGGAUUCCUCUUUUAAAAAACCAAAAGACAACGCAGGCUGGGUUUUCCUUGCUCUCUGGUUGUGCACUUUCACAUCCCCCGUAGGUUGUUGGGAUGGGCAGCUUUGCGCUACCGUAGCAACUUGAGAAGCCAGCCGGGUACUCGAAUGUCUGGGACGUUAUAAGAUGACAGAGCCAUCGGGCUGGGGUUUGAUUACAGAAUGGUCUCGCCGGUGACACAAGAGAGAGCGAUGCAGCCAUGGUUCUUGCCUUUUCCCGGUGCCGGGCAAAGCCGUAGGAUGGUCAUAGCACUAGGACGUUAAUAGGGUUAUCUCUGUAAAAAGAAGCCAGCGUCGUUAAUUUCAAAACCAGAUCUCCAAAAAUUGAUGGGAAUAGAACCCUCCAGGCUGAAUUUCCUAAAAUUGCUGCUUCGGGAGCGAGCAUCAGAACCUGCUUGAAAUCAAUGAGGUUUAUUUCUCCCCCAGCCUGAAAAAAAAAAUAAAAAAUCACAGCCUUCCAGGCGGGCCCUUUUUUCAGCAAACUGAUUUCAUAACCGGGGCACUAAAACUCUCUUAAGUUUACCCCUUGGUCCAUAGCUCAAGUAUCAAAUGUAAACUUUGCUUCACCGUGCUGUUUUCUAGAUUCUGUUGGCUUCCCUCCAUGGGCUUACGAGUGAGAUGAGUAGGGGCCAGAUCAGGUUGCUCAGCCCGAUCAUAGCGAGUAGCAGGGGUGGGAAUUCUAGCAGGAGCUGCUUUGCAUAUUAGGCCACGCAUCCUUGAUGUAGCCAAUCCUCCUGGAGCUUACAAGGCUCUUUUUUUUGUAAGCUCUUAGAGGAUUGGCUACAUCAGGGGUGUGUGGCCUAAUAUGCAAAGCAGCUCCUGCUUGAAUUCCACCCCUGGCGAGCAGGAUUUUAAAAGGGCUUGCACCUUUGGACUCUGGGAGCUAGGCAAUGUAUGUAGCAAAUUUUAGGGAGUUUGGCGCAAAGUGUAUUUUGACCACCCUGCUGAUGUCACGAUUGGGGUGUCUUUUAUUUCUGUUAGCUUUUGUCUGAGACCCAGGACCAUUAAAAUGGCGAGAAUCCUUCCGAUUGGCCUCAACAAGAGAUAGCCUCCCCCCUAUUUAUUGGGAGGACUGGCUUCAGUGGGUCUUAAUGCCCAAGUGAUGUGUUUAAGACUGGGAAUCCCAAAUUGUAAAUCUUAAAAAAGGAGUCCCUUCCUUUCAGACGGGGAGAGCGAUCUUCUACCUGUAGGGCAGUGAAAUUCCAGCUGUCAGUCUGAUGCAACUAAAA